AUGCCACUGGUGAACAAGAAGCGUAGCUUGGAGAAUUUGCAGCGCGCACUGCGGGAGGAGGCAGCGUGGAAGGACUCGAACCGGUUUGCGCAGUUUGUGGCCAACGUGGUGGGCGGCAUUGUUGUGGUGCUUGGUCUGGGUAGCAAAUUAGCUGUCGUACUGUUUGCACGGCUUGCCGACGCCCCAGCGCAUCUCGACGAGUAUGUGCAAUACUGUAGGGGUGUUGUGGUGGUUCUUGGGAACGACGCGUUGGCAGAGUUUCGGAUGGUGGUUCAAAGUCUCCGAUACAUUAAACUCGAGAACUUGUCGGACCCGCAGGUAGUCGCGCGACCAUUGGUAGGGGCGGCUAUUGUCAGUACUGUCGUGCUGCUCGUGUACAAAUACAAGCGGGUGGGGUGGUUCUGCGGUCUGCAAGUGGUGAUUAUCUUGCAAUGGAUUGUUGCACUGUAUCAGAUGGCACGCAUUGUGCUCUCGCUUUCGUUGUAUGUCACUGUGAAAGUAGUGAAGCAGCUUCUCUUGGUAGCGAGAGGCGUGUUUGUGGGGCUCUUUUGCGUGCGUGACAAACAAGCUGAGAGGUUGCGUCGACUCAUGAAGACGACUAAAAGCUACCAGGAGUGGAAGCAAAUGGCACAAUAUCUGGACGUACUGGAAGGUAAAGAUGACUGGAAGACUACAAUUCGGGCUCAAGACACGGAACAUUGCGACUUCAUGCAGAUGCGAUGCAACGUUGACACGUUGACACGUACGCUUGACGGUGGAGACAAGAUCAAUGUAAAGGAGCUAUGCUAUGUCGUGGCUUCGGUGGUUAUGCGCAAUGAAUUGGGUGUCGAUUCACCUAGUCUGCAUCUGGAAUGUAACUCUGGUACUAAGACGGCGAUAACGAGAUAUAAUGCGUUAGUGAUCCGCGCAUUGGAUACGCUUGCGGAAAUGAGUGACGAGAAGUUUCCUCAUGCGGAAAAACUUCGGUACUUUCAGCGGAUGAAGCAAUCGUUCGGGUCGACGGCAUUGUGUUUGAGCGGUGGCGGAUCUAUUGCAAUGUAUCACAUGGGGGUUAUACGCACGCUGCUUGAGGCAAAUGUACUACCGAAUGUCAUUUCAGGCUCCUCAGGUGGCUCUAUCAUUGCGGCCUUUACUGCGUGCAGGACAAAUGAAGAACUCUUGAAUGAAGUCUUGGUCAGCGAUAUCUCGACGCGUUAUUUCCCAUUUGGAAUCCGCUGGUUCCCACCGCUUCUUGAGCAGCUCGCGCAUUGCGUAAAGACUGGCUUCCUCGUGGCUUCAUCCGACUUCGAGCGCACGACAGAGCACUACUACAGUGAGCCCAUGAAUGCCGAAGAGAAGACUAUGUGCUACACGUUUCAGGACGCUUUCCUGAAGACAGGUCGCCAUGUGUGUAUUACAGUUUCAGCGUCCGAUAUCACGGGUCACAAAGGUCCAAAGAAGCUGUUGUUGAGUCAUAUCAACACGCCGCACGUACUUCUUUGGAGUGCCGUUGCGGUGUCUUGCUCUUUACCUGGCAUUAUGAAAGGAAAACAACUUAUGGCACGAGAUUUUCAAGGAGAUAUCGUUCCGUACGCGUCCCUGAGCAAGGAGUGGGUGGAUGGUAGCAUUCAGCACGACUUGCCCAUGGAGACGAUGGCCAGCGGCUUUGAUGUGACCAAUUUCAUCGUUUCUCAAGUGAAUCCUCACGUCGUACCGUUCGUCAGUGACGAGAUCGACAAACCGAGCAACAACAAGAGCAUCUUUUACAAGCUCGAAAGCGUUAUUGCUGGCGAUGUGCGUCAUCGACUCAAGAUGUUGGCGUUCCUAGGCCUCUUUCCGAAAAUCUACGGGCACCAGUUCAGUUCAUACUUUCAGCAGAACUUUUCAGGAAACGUGACAAUUAUUCCAGACUUUCGUUUCCUCGAAUCGAUCGGCAUCAAAGCCAUUCUGAAUCCCACCAUGCAGGACAUGAUACAUUACAUCAAAGAAAAUGGCCGGUGCCUCUGCAAACUCGUACAAGUGGCUGCAUUAAGUGCCACAGAGACUGCAGAAGACGUAGAGAAAACGACAAAGAAGAGCACUGCAGCAGUGCUCAAUAAAGCUGCAUGUAAGUAA